AUGUUGUCGUCUGCCUUACUCACUGGCCUGUUGGCCGCCUCUGCCCUUGCGACUCCUGCUGCAGAAGACAAGGAUGAUUCAGAUCUGGAAAGCCAGAAAAUUUACGACUCGCAUAAACUGCUGGUUGCCAUGGAAAAAAAUCAUACGGGCAAUUACUCACAUGUUAACGUCGACGUGUAUACGCAUGUUAUCUUAGCGUCGGAUACGGAGUGGAAUAUUACAUUAGAAGACAUUAAUCAGCAAUUAGAGAUCUUAAACACGAACUUUCAACCUGCCGAUAUCUCCUUUGCGUUACAGGGUGCAAAAUGGGUCAUAGAACCGGACUGGGUACGAGGUGAUAACGAUGAUAUGCAAAAAGCACUCCACGAAGGAGGCAGCAACGCCCUCAACAUAUAUUUUAUGAACUAUGAUAGUGGCGGCCUUGAACGUCUAGCAUCCGCGUCAUUCCCUUCUGAACUGGAAAGCACGGAGGGGCCUCUGCUAGACGGCCUCCUGAUUACAAAGAAUACUCCUUUAAGUAACAAAGGAUUAUUAACGCAUGAGACUGGACACUGGUUCGGGCUGCUGCACCCAUUCCAGGAUAUUUUCAACGACGACGGCGAUUAUAUUGACGAUACCCCUAUUAGCCCGAAGAGUUGCUAUGACAAACUUGACGCCGCCACGUGCCAUACUAAUAACUAUAUGGGCUACGGCGGAGAUCCGAAUAUGUUUACCGCUGGUCAGAUAACUCGCAUGCAUAGCUUUUGGAACGUGUUCCGCUCGAGUGGCACGGCUGUGCCCGAGUUGGUACUGGCUCCUAUAGAAUCUAUCAGCAAGGGGCGUACCAGGCUGCCGUUUUAUCCUGAACCAGGGAACCGCAGGGAGCUCUAUCGGCGGUGCCAUCCGAAGCAUAACGACGGCGCCCAAGAAACGCGUGAAAACUACUGCGGGACAAACGCCUUCUGCCGCUGGGAACUUUUCAAGUUAGCAGGAGAGAAGUACUCAAGCAUAGAUGCUUGUUUGAACGCACGGACAGUCGAGCUGCUUCCGUGGAUCAUGCCCAAGACUAGCUAUGCACAUUACUGUCAUUCAAAGACCUCUAUGUCUGAGCUGCCCUGUGGCACAGAAACGUUCUGCGGGGUGUUUGAUAACAAUACGGCCACAGAUGGUGUAUUCGUCGAUUCUAGAUCCAACUUGGUUGAAUAUAACAGCAGCUCUGAAUGUCUCGAGGCUCGCGAACCUGCACCUCAGGACAGCCGUGUUCAGUCUUGA